UCGGAAUUAGUUUAUUGUUUGCAUUUUAGGUUUCUCUUGUUUGCUUAGAUAUUUCACGAUAUUCAAUUUUCACAGUGUAGUUGUCUUGAUUUUGUUUAUUCUACUGGAUGUGAAAAUGAGGAUUUUACCGUUUUUGCUUUUGUUAUCGAUUUGUACCUUCGUAAAUGUCUACGCAGGAUCCCCAUGUCCUUCAAGAAGAGACAUCUACCCCUGCACCUGCUUGAACGUGAAAAAUGGGAACCGCUUCACUACGAUUAUUUCUUGCCAUCGUCUUUCCAGCUCCGAAGCCCUUUCUGAGAAUGUCUUGGCAUCUUUGAAGAUUCUAGACAUAGAUCAGUUCUUUCUGUAUGAUUCUUUCUGGGAAGCCAAAGAUUUGAGCAACCAAAUGCUACCUCAUAAUUGGAUCACGAUGCUGAAAGUCACCGAUUACAAUAUCAUCGACACAAAGUUGUCAACUUGCUUUGCCUGCUCUGAAAUAAAAUACACUUGUGAAAACACAUACACAAAAAGAUUUAUUGUCACCAACAGUUCUUCGUCUGGAAAUAUCUGCGACAUUUGCCGAACUGAUACGAAUGGUAAUUACUCCUGGACGGGAUGUAUGAGUAAAUUGGAACGUUUCGAAUUCACGGAUGGAGGUCUAGAAGUUCUGAGCAGGUUUUUGUUUCCGUUACCAAUGAGACAGCUAUUGGUUCUAAACAUGACGAGAAACCGUAUUCGUACCGUGGAACAUGGUGCAUUGCAAAACAUGCCUAAUUUGAAAAGCCUUGAUUUAAGCCAUAACAUGUUGAAAGAUGUAUCUAGCAUGUUUAAUAAGGAGUUGAAGAAUCUAACGUUGCUGAACAUAAAUUGGAAUCGAAUCAAAACCAUCGGCACCAGUUUAUUCAAGUAUUUACCGACGUUGAAUAUGUUUUUCUUGAAGAGCAACUUGAUAGUAGACGUAAAAGAAGAAGAAUGGAAAAAUGUCAAAUCUUCUGUAAAAGUUAUUGAUUUAACUGAAAAUCCUAUCCAUUGCGUCGAAUGCGGAAUCAGGUGGAUCAACCAUACAUUCUCUGCAAAAACUGUCUUGCGUGGUCACUGUAAAACUCCCGCACAAUAUGCUGGACAUAGUCUUAGAGCCAAAGCCACCCUUUUUGCCAGGAAGUGCGAUGAAAAUGGCAAAUUGAAGAAGAAGACUUUGUUUCCCUUGCUUGAAUGAACAAGGUCAUGCUAGUAAAUCAUCAAACCUGGUAUAGCUUGAUCGAAGAGAGGAGGCGGAUGAAUUGGAAGCGGAAACGGACCACUUCGUUUUGAAAUAGGUAGGAUCGGAGAGAUCAAGACAGCAGUAAAAACUUCCACGUUCUCGCUGAGUCUACCUAUAUCAGAAUGAAGUGUUCUGUUUCCACUUCCAGUUCAUUCGCCACCUCUCCGUGGUUAAGUUACAGAAAUUUUCGAGCCUUGUAAUUGGUCAAUAUUCUAGAAAUUACAAUGCACUAGUGAAACUUGAUGCAUUGUUGUUGGUUAUAGUUGUAUUUGAAAAAUAAGUGUACAAAAU